AUGAAAAUGUUUUUUCUGAUAUUUUUGGUGUACAAAGUAGUUUCUCUGAAAUGCCCUGCAAGCGAUGCUUUCCUUGUUCCACAUGAGUGGUACCAGCCUGGAGACUUCAUCGUUGGUGGGAUGGCAUCUCACAUUGCUUACCACCUUUAUGAAAUUAAAUUUAGUGAAAAUCCUUCUACAAAACCUUAUGAAAUACCAGGUGUAUUCCCCAAAUUUCAUCAACACAUUCUUGCCUUGGCCUUUGCUGUGAAGGAAAUCAAUGAGGACUCCCAGAUGUUACCUAACAUCACUCUUGGGUUCCACAUCUAUGACAGUUACCUCAAUGCAAGGAUGACCUAUCGCACCACUCUGGACCUGCUUUUCAAAUCCCAGGAAUUUGUCCCUAACUACAAGUGUGAUAGCCAGAAGAAUCUUGUGGCUAUCAUUGGAGGAUUGGAUUUUGUCAUAUCGUCUCAUAUUGCUGAAAUUAUUCAAUUCUUCAAGAUUCCACAACUCACAUAUGGCUCAUUAGCUCAAGAUGUAUUUCAGACUAGUAAACUCUCUUCACUUUAUUUCAUGAUCCCAAAAGAGGACCAUCAGUACAUUGGGAUUAUCCAACUGCUUCACCAUUUCAGGUGGACCUGGAUUGGGAUUUUUGCUGUUGAUAACAAUGAUGGAGAAAAAUUCUUACAUAAAAUGCAGCCCUUACUUUCAGAGAACGGAAUCUGCUCAUCGUUCAUAGAAAGGCUUGCACAACUCAUCCACUUAGAAGAUUUCCCAGAAGUUUAUGAAACAAUCUCCAUUAUUUCCAUGAAGUGGAUAACUAGCAAAGCCAACACAUUUCUUGUCUAUGGAGAAGCAUUGACAAUUAUGUGGCUAAGAGUUGUCACAUUUAUGGUAGAUCCUGAAAGGAAAGAAAUUGCAUUAUUUAGAAAGCUCCAUCUAUUUCUUCAAGGCAUUUCUUUUAACAAUUCAGCUGGGGAGAAAGUGUUUCUGAAUGAGAAAGGGGAAGCAAUAGGUGGAUUCGACAUCACCAAUUUGAUCACUUUUCCAAACAGAUCCUUUCAGAGAGUUAGAGUUGGAAAGAUGGAUCCACAAGCUCCAAAAGGGAAAGAAUUAUCCAUGGAUAAAGAUUUGAUUGUCUGGAGUCCAGCUUUUAACCAGGUUCUUCCAUUUUCUCGAUGCAAUGACCCUUGUUUUCCUGGGGACUGGAAGAAAGGGAUUGAAGGAGAUCAGUUCUGCUGCUAUGACUGUGUUCCAUGCCCAGAAGGGAAGAUUUCAAAUCAAAAUGAUAUGGAUGACUGUUUUAAAUGUCCAGAAGAUCAUUAUCCAAAUGAAGAAAAGAAAGGAUGUAUCCUGAAACCAGUGGUGUUUCUAUCUAUUGAAGAAACCUUAGGAAUUGGUUUAGCCACAUCAGCUCUUGGUUUCUUCUUCUUGACAUCUUGGGUACUUGGAACUUUUAUUAAGUACAGGGACACUCCCAUUGUUAAAGCCAACAAUCGGUCCCUCACCUACAUCCUGCUUGUCUCUCUUCUGAUCUGUUUUCUCUCCUCUUUGUUCUUCCUCAGCCAACCUGGUAAAGUGACCUGCCUUCUCCGGCAAUCAACUUUUGGCAUCACUUUUUCAGUGGCCAUUUCUAGUGUGCUGGCCAAAACCAUCAUUGUGGUUGUUGCUUUCAUGGCCACUAAACCCGGAUCUCAGAUGAGGAGAUGGGUAGGGACAAGAUUGGCUUUUUCUACUGUCCUUUCCUGCUCUCUCUUACAAGUGUGUAUUUGUAUUCUUUGGUUGUCAACAUUUCCACCAUUCCCUGAGUUGGACAUGCACUCACAGCUCCAAGAAAUUAUUUUACAAUGCAAUGAGGGGUCAGCUUUCUUCUUUUAUUGUGUAUUGGGUUAUAUGGGUGUCUUGACUAUUGUCAGCUUUAUUAUGGCUUUUCUUGCCCGUAAAUUACCUGACAGUUUUAAUGAAGCCAAGUUCAUCACCUUCAGCAUGUUGGCCUUUUGCAGUGUGUGGAUCUCCUUCUUUCCAGCCUACCUGAGCACAAAAGGAAAAGCCAUGGUAGCUGUGGAGGUCUUCUCCAUUUUGUCCUCCAGUGCUGCAUUACUGGGAUGCAUAUUCUUGCCAAAAUGCUACAUCAUUGUUUUCCGGCCUGAACUAAACCAAAGGGAGCAUCUCACAAAGAGAAAUUAG